AUGGGCUUCAGCGUGACUUUGCGUAUCCAGUUCGCAAGCGAAAAGGAUCGGCACUCCGGGAGUCCCGCGGGCCUAAUCUACUAGCGCUUACAAGUCAGAAACAUAUUUUGGAAGUUACAAGUGUUUAUGGAGGUUAAAAACUUAUCUUGACGUUGAAGAAGCGAGACGAGUCGUGCAGGAAGCGGAAAUGAUGAUUGAACGCAGGUCAAAAAAGUAGAAAUGACACGUUGCCACGUGGUUUUUCAUACGUGUUAAUUUUUUUAAUAUCAGGAAAAUGACUCCUUGCAAAACGUUCACGUUUUAUUUUUUGCAGAGAAUUAAAUUUUUUCUGUACAAUUAUUGGAGGCUGGAACUCUGUGCAGUAUCGAAGUAAUAAAAAGAUAUUCUGUAGUCUUUCCGUUAUUACAAUUGAGUUAUUUUUGUUCCCAGUUUGUUUUUUGAUUAUUGUGAAUUUGAAAUUUCAUUCAAGGACUCUGUGUAGGUUUUUCGAGGUGUUGUCGAGUUUAUCGAACACGUCUUUUGAGGUAAUCGAAUUAAAAUGAAACAAGUUCUACCUUUUCCCCUGAUUUAAAACACGAGAGUAUUCUGAAAGAAUUUUGUGCUAUGAUUUCAACUUUCUACAUUUUGCUGCCUCUUUUUGUUGCUGUGAAUGCAGGAAUCUCACCGAUUAAAAGUUAUAUCGGAAAGUACAAUCCAACAGUUAUUCCAAACGGCGAUCACAUGUUUGUUCUUUAUUUCUCUGAAUUGAGUCAUGCUUUUGCUUUUUUUUUUUCUUUGUUUUAACGCCACGACUUGGAAUUUCACCAAACGACAUGCCGCUGCGCGCCUUUGCAAACCUUGGUCGCACUUUUAAUAUUUUUUUUCUUUUAUUAAGGUACUUUCAUGUGCUCCUACAGCAAUAACAAUCGAUUGAAAGCGUGACCAAGAUUCGAAAGACGCUUUGCGAACGCACGCAGCGGAACAGCGGAAUGUCGUUCAGCGAAAUUCCAAGUCGUGGCACACAGGCUAUAAAAAGGCUUUGAAUUAGCGUCGAUAAAAGACUGUCAAUGGAAUUUUCAGAAGACUUUCAUAUUUUUUGUACUUGAUGAAAUAUGUUUUUAGUUCCCGCCAAUAUCCGAAAUACAAAAUGGAGGUAACUUUGUCGUUUGGAAUGAACGAGGAGAUGACGAGAGUCGUGGAAACUGCGAUCGAAGAACAUUUCACCAACGAUGAUCUUCAUAUCAACGAUCUUGAGGGAAUUGGCGAGGUGAACAUUUAUUCUUGGUCGCAGGUAGAAUGGCUCAACGCGUUGAGGUCGCGUUGCGGAUUAAAGUACCAUCGUUCAAAGCGCAUGGUGAGACUUUUAGAUGAAACUGUGUCCACUAGAUUGAGUUUUUAUAGUUUAUUUUGAAUCUUUAACUUGAAAGAUGUUGAGGAGGUCAGUAAAAACUCAAAAAUUUCUCUUGAUAGAUUCAAAAAAAAACUAAGAAGUGUUUUGUCUGUAGCUGGUUUCAUGCCAUUUCAGCCCAAAUUUUCGCCCUUCUUCACAAAAAAUUUGUAUUUCCAGGCUGUGGAACGGCUUCUCGGCGGGUAUUGGUCCGUUUCAAUUUUCAGCGACCCUUACGAAUUCGCCAAUACUGCGUUUAAGAGGUUCGUUCAUAGGGGGAUUAGUGGGUUUUUCCUUUUCAAAAUGUUCAAAAGGCUGGGAGGAACAUCUGGUCUUCAGAAAACAAUUUUUCCGGAAAACUCUCCGGAGAAUAAUAAAAGGGUUUGGUCGCACGGAGAAUGGCUCAACGCGUUGCGGUCGCGAUUUUAACAAGGUUAUGUUCGUCAUAAGAUCACUUUGAAGAUUUUAUAGUCUUGAAAUGUAAAACUAAAAAAAUAAUUUGGACCCGGGCUUGUGCGAGGGCCGGCCCGUCAACCUCUCGGCCCCCCGGCCACUUCCCAAGCCCGGCCCGGCCCGGCCUUAGAAGGGCCUCAAGCAAAAAUGGCCGGCCCGGCCCAAAAAAAGCUCAAAUUUUUUUCAUUUUGAAAUUUUCGCUUUUUUUAACGAGAAAAGUGGGAUUUUUUACUUAUUUUUCCUCAUAAAGUUAUGAGAAACUAUGAUUUAACAAGUAAAAAAAUAAUUUUUUUCGGCGAAAUUUUUUUAAUAACGAAAUUCAAGAUUUUUUUGCCAAAGCCCGGCCUGGCCCGAGCCCGCGCAGGCUUUUUCAAAAUUGAAGCCCAAAGCCCGGGCCGCCCGGCCUGACGCACAAGCUUGUUUUGGACCGCAACGCGGCCACGACGCUUCGAGCCAUUCUACCUGCGACCAAAAUUGUUCAAGCCUUCACUAAAGAAAUAUACGUUUUCUGCAUGAAAACAGUUUUUCUCCUCCAGAUCCCCUUCUUUCAUCGUCCUGGACGUCAACGGGUCCGGUGUGGCUGUCGUCAAAGAAGCUUCCAAUUAA